GUCGUCGUCGCCGAUCAUGGUCUAGCAAAUGAGGCUUGGUCUCCAUAGCCAUAUCUUUGCAAGGCAACAUGCAGGACCAUGUAGGAUCCAGGCAUAUAAGGCAGUUGGAUGUGCUCUACAAGCCCAUGCUAGUUGCUGGUCUGUCAUGUGGCUCAAUGCUUGUGGUUGGCUGUAGUGUCACGAAUCCCGUUCAGUUUCGACCACCACAACUCCAGUAUCAUUCUGCGAGGACACUCGCCAGGUUCCAGGACAGUCAAUAUCGGUGCGCUCUUUCAGAUGGCACAGUCGCUGCACUGUUCCGCCGUUGCGUUGCUGCUAUCCCGGUGGUGGUGUUGCCAAACCAGUUCGGCUCGGCCGCCAUAUCUCGAUCGCCUUUGCGCGAGGCCUCUCGGGACGUUGGCCUCCAGCAAAAUCGAGGUCAGGCUAUCUCCUCCUGGUGGUAUCGUCUCCAGCAUAUCGUGUCUUCAUCCAUUGCUGUCAUCUCUUGGCAUUUCAUCAUAUCUGGCCGGCGUCAUAUCUCCUCAGCCGUUCCGACAGCAUGAAAGAGAACCAGAUAUUAGGAAUCCUCACCCUCGAAUCAUACGCCCCAGCAUCCAUCAGUAGUCGAGCGCGUCGUGGUUGUGGUGAAUUCUGGGAUGUAUAGGUUUUGAGCAUUUUUGCCAAGACCUCAAAGUGAAGUUCAGAUGGCAGCCCGCAAGUCUCGCCUCCGGUCGUCGCCGAGGAAACCCGCCUCCCAACCCCGUUUAUUCAAG